GUCCAGCCAAAAGGAUCAAACUGUGCUUCAUCUCUGCCCCCACUCCCACCCUCCCUUCCUCCCUUUCCCUCUCUAACUUUCUCACUCUCACUUUCAUCAUCAUCCAUUAAUGCCUCUCUCUCUCUCUCUCUCUCUCUCUCUCUAAAAACCAAAUCUUUCUCUCUCUAAAUCACUUGUUAAAUAACCCAUCAGCUGACUAAACCCCUCAUUCACUCCCCACAAGCUCACUCUCUCUCUCUCUCUCUCUGUGGGAACCUCAAGUUUUGGUUUCGGAUUAACGGGUCGGGUCCGGUCGAAUGAAUUCGGUUGUUGACAAAAUGGAUCCUCCACUGAUCAACGAGUCUCCCUUCUCAGCAGCUAACCCAGCAUCCUACAGCCUGGCGGAGAUUUGGCCCUUUAGCGGCGAACCCGGUGGCAGCGGUGGUGGGUUGGGGCUCCGAAUGGGUAACUUGGGUCAGAGUUUGGGUGGGCCUGGAGAUAGUUCUGUGAACAGAGAUGGGUCGUUGGAGGAAUCCACUGUGACUGAGCAAAGUGGCGGCGGCGGUGGCGGUGGCGGUGGCGGAAGAAAGAGAAGGGAUGUGAGCUCUGAGGACGAGUCUUCGAAGCAGGUUUCCACUAGUAGUGGCAAUGGCUUGAAUGAUUCGGGUGGAAAACGGAUGAAAUUAGCGGGAUCCAGUAACGAAAAUGGCAGUUUGAGGGCUGAAGUUGAAGAAAGUUCAGCUGCUGGUGACAACAAGCCAGCUGAAGAAAGCACUAAACCUUCCGAGCCACCCAAGCAAGACUUUAUCCAUGUGAGGGCAAGAAGGGGACAAGCUACAGAUAGCCACAGUCUAGCUGAAAGAGCUAGGAGAGAGAAGAUCAGCGAGAGGAUGAAAAUUCUCCAAGAUUUGGUUCCUGGAUGCAACAAGGUUAUUGGGAAAGCAAUUGUCCUUGACGAGAUCAUUAAUUACAUCCAAUCACUGCAGCACCAGUUCCUUUCAAUGAAGCUUGAAGCAGUCAAUUCAAGGAUGAACAUGAAUCCCACCAUCGAAGCGUUUCCUCCAAAAGAUCUCGGUGCACAGCCAUUUGACGCUGCAGGGUUGUUAUUUGGCUCGCACACACCAAGGGAGUACGCCCAAAGCUCACAGCCCGAAUGGCUACAUAUGCAGGUUGGUGGUAGUUUCGAAAGAACAACGUAAAUUCAAGGGAUUAUUGUUCAAGUCGUAAUUGGUGGCAGAUGUGAUAUUAGGGUUCUACAUCUGGUGCAGAAGUGUGUUUGCCAAAUGUAUGAUCAUUCUUACUGUUGUAAUCAGGGGUAUUAACCGUAGGAACAUCUAAUCUUCGUAUCUAUCGUCUGACUAGAUUAUUAUACUCUACUCUGUUGUAUUAGUCCCUAAGAAAAUACGUUAUAACGGCGUAGUUGAUAUGUGUAACAGAAGGAUUGUGAUUUCUGGAUUUUAUUUGUAAAAUAUCUGAUUAUUUUUA